AUGGCAUACUUUGUCGGAAGGUGUCUAUAUUACAAAACCGCAGGACUCGAGUUAAUGGAGCCCCGAAGGCUUGAUAAGAAGGCCUUGUACUUUGACAGCCAGUCCAAGGUAAUCGGGGUGAUGUUUUACGGAGCCAUUCCGGAGUUCGGCAACCGCAACCUCGACAGGCAGUCCAAAGCUUGUCAGCGUUAA